UCACACACUGACCAGCUUUUAUUUAUCUUUUCUUUUAACUAGACCUCUCUGAACCAUCAGAGUGUGACUAGGUGCCGUUUUAUUGCGACCAAAGGGGUAAAAACACGACUUUUAAUCAUAAAACCUGACUGUAACUGCCCCCGCUCACUGCGCAUGCGCAGUGAAGCAGGGAGGAGGGGGUCUGCUCUCGCUGCUCCAUCCGGGAACUUCAGAAUUACCAUUGACAGCCGAAGCGCAACUUUUCCCCAGGCAAAGUGAAAUCAAGCCGCGGACUCGGACAAAAUAUAGUCCCCGUUUUUCAACUUAAAAUUAGCGAAAGAAAAGCGACCCGGCUGCCCGGUCAGACCCGUCGACGCUCGGUGGUCUUCUGGAGAGGAGCCGUGCGAAGCCCGAGCUCUUCCCGCCGGGUUUGGAGCACUUUUGAAGACGGGCGGAAAGUGGGUGAUGAGUCCUGGGCUGUAAAAAGAAGCGAGAACUUGCUUUGCAGCCCGAGUAGUUCUUCUUUCAAUUGUUAUUGUCGCUUAAAAAAAUCUUUAAAAUCACUCAAACUUGGUCUCGGCCGCGUCGAAAGUGGGAGAAAAGUGCUUUCCUGGUCGGAACAUGGAACUACAAGGCCUGCAAGAGGCGCUGAAAGUAGAGAUCCAAUGUCAUCAGAAUCAGACGUUGUGCAAAGGCCUCAAUGAACUUCAGAACGGACAGAAGCUGGCGGUCAGAAGCUGUCCUGUUGGGACGACUAAGCCGCUGUCGCUCAUCAAGCCUCCCAGUCAGGGCAUCGCCAUCUCCGUGGUGCCGGCCAAGGCUCCCGUUUCCAUGGUAACCGCACACAUUAACGGACAGAAGGCGGUGGCGAGCUCGGAGCCACUGCAGACGUCCCCCAUCAACCUUCAGACGGGCGGCAGGGCCGUGGCCGCUGGAGUCCACCCGUUCAGCAGCAGCAGCAGGAGAGCCGGAGAGCUGCCCCCCUCCCAGAUGCUGGGAACUCUCACUGCUGUGCCCAUCAAGGUGCCUCAAGUCAGCUCCCUGCACCGGCUGGCAGGACAAGCAGCCACUGUGCUACCUCAGGUCAGGCCAAAGACCCAGAUCCCCGACAGCCUUCCCCACAGCCCCUGCCAGGAGCUGCAGCCUCUCAGCCUGCAGCGGGCCGCCGCCGUGGUCAGCCCCAAGAGCCAGGGCCCCACCCUGCCCACCGCCAACAGCACCUUCAGCCCCGACCACCAGCCCAACGGCCAGAGCGAUGCCUCACCGCCCUCGGCCCCGUCGGGGGGCCCCGACUCUAGCAGCCCCGUCCACCACGCCUCUGCGGGGCCUGGCGUGGCCUACGCCAUCAUUGCUGCCUCCCCCGCCACCAGCAAUGGGAUGUCUACUGUCAGCGAGGCUGUCAAGGUGAUUAUCAUCCAGCCGCAGGCGCCCAGCAGCACCGAGGGGUCCCCGGCCCCGCCCACCCCCAAAUCCCCAUCCACCCCCAAAUCCACAUCCCUGAAGAAAGACGAGGACCCCGAGAAAAUCGCCUUCAUGGUCGCCCUCGGCCUCGUCACCACUGAGCACCUGGAAGAAAUCCAGAUGAAGAGGCAGGAAAGGAAGAGGAGAAGCACAGCCAACCCGGCCUACAGCGGUCUGUUCGAGCCAGAGCGUAAACGCCUGGCGUCACAUUACCUGAACAGCUCACUCUUCCUGUCAGCACGAGACUCUGAGGAUUUCUGCUGGAAGCAGGACUUGGAGCAUGAUGACCACUGUGCCGUAUGUAAGGAGGACGGCGAGCUGCAGCAAUGCCACAAUUGCCCUCGAGCUUUUCACCCCACCUGCCUCCACCCACCACUCAAAACCCCACCCAGAGGCCCCUGGUACUGCCCCAAGUGCCAGAAGAAGGUCCUGAAUAAGGAGAACAUGUCAUGGCCACAGAACUUCGUUCAGUCCUACGUUACACACAAGACGGUGAGGCAGGAGGAGAAGCGACGGCUGCUGAGGAGGAACAACGAGCUGAAGAAAGAGUGUGCUCACCUGGAGGAACAAGACAAGCAGCUCAACAAGACACUCAAACAAUGCAUGGACCUGCGGGAGCGCCUGCUGGGGCAGCAGAGAGACACUCAGGCGUCGCUCGACCGCCUCAAAACUCUCAUUAGGUUGAUCCAACGCGACCAGCUCAUCCAGGUCACCAUGACGACCACCGCCACCAUCGCCACGUCGCUGCUCUCACAGUCCUGGAUCAAAUCCACCAGCACUGCCGCCGCCGCCACCCCGCCGGGCCCCUCGGCCACGCCCCUGCAGACAAGCCACAGCCAGGACGACGUCAACAUCUAGCCCCGCCCACCAGAGCUCCGAGUUUUUCCACAGAGGGCAGCGGUGAUGAUUUCUUUAGUCAGAAAAAUAUUGAUGAAGAGCCUCUAUCCUCCACACGAUUCAAGUAUUUUUUAAAACCCAACACCUACAGUGCUUACGAGAUUUCUUUUUUUAAGUUCUUUUCUAUUUAUUAACAUUCUUGGCCUUAAUGUAUUUAUUACAAAAAGUUCGAUUACAGCGUGGCGGCGGGAACGCGCGGCCCAGAAGAUAUUUCCCUUUUUUGAAACACAGGUCUGAUUCCUGUCCUGCGUAUAGAGAGAGAGAACAGUAGAGUUAGAGUAGAUCCAGGAUGGAUGGAAGUGGACGGACUGUACAUUGAUAUAUCUGAGUAAAUGUUUGUUCUCAUUCUCCUAUGAACAAUGUUUUUGCCAUAAUGAUUCAGGAAAAUGUUUUCAUCGUGUAUGUGAACGCAUACGAGCCUUCAAACAAAAGCAGAGAAUAACUUUUUUCAGUAUUAAUAGAGUUAAAGUCAAAGAAAAAAAGUAUUUAAGAUUAAACUACAGAAAUUAGCAUUUCUAGUGGAGAUUUUAGUAUUUUCAUGCUGAUGCCUGUUGAAAAAUGUAAGUUUGGAGUAUUCAAGGGGAUCACUGUACAUAUGUUGUAUUAUUAUUAUUAUUAUUAUCACCAUCAUGAUCAUCGCAGGGUUUUUCUUUUUCGGUUUUCAAACUUUACCGAAGUCACACGCCUGAACGAGACGAGUUCCUGCUCGUUUAAAACAUCCACUUCCUGUUUGACAGCAGAGCCAGAGAAACAUGCCAGAAAUAUUUUCAUUAAAAUUCAUUUCUUAUUUAAAUCAAUAGUAAAUAUUGAUGCAUCUAGAUUGUAAAAAUAACUGCAGAGCUUCACAUUCUCUUUAAGGUUUAGUCGAAGAAAAGCAGAAAACAAACCAUGCAAACUCUAACCUUUGCUCUUGAAAAACUAAGACUGCACUUAAAAAGUCAAAACUGCUCUGAAGCUCUGAAUGAUAUGAGUUAUUAGAAAACCAUUUAUAAAAACCGCUGAGCCCGACAUUAAACUGGAUUUCAUUGGUUCAAACACCAUGAUGGUCAGAUACCAUGAGCGCCGAUAGUAGGACCACAAAUGUUUGAUCUCCAGUGAACCAACACAGACCUUACGGGAGGUUCACACACAGGCCCAGCACUGAGUUUGUCUGCUGCUCACCGUGCAGCCAGUGCACGCUCUGCUGGACAGGCUGCUCCUCAUUCAUCCUCAGCACAUUAUCUGCAUCAUGCUCAGUUUGAAAAGCCCAAAAUGUUUCAGUAUCAGAUACGUGUAUGCUGAAGCAGACAGAAGAAGCUGCUUCCACAUUUACGAGGGGUCAACACAACACGUUUAAUCUGGAGAGUUUUACUCCUGAUGUGACCUCAAACUGAUCUUUGUCUCAUUUCAACAUCACCCAUCAAAAUACUGAGUCAAGUCCUGUUAGACCACAGGAGAAACACAUUCACGGCUUUAAUAUUAAGAACCAGCAGAUCUUCAGUAGUCUCUGAAUAAACUGUAAGCUGUGUGUAAGUGAACUUCUCUCUUCGUGCUGAGCUAAAGUAAAAAAAUCCCGCUCUGCUGUCACAGGAAGUGAUUGGUUAAGUGGGCGGGGACCGCCGUGUUUGCUCACAGCUGCACUCGAACACGCCGGCGUUCAGUCGAUGUGACCCACCCGCCCCCUCUCACCUUUAACCAGUAUAAAAAAUAUGCCAAAAACAUUUUGUUGUUUUUGUACUGGGAUCAGUAAUGUGCUUUUUUUCUUCCCCUGCCCGUUUUUAUAUUUUUCGCUUUUUUUACUCGUGUUUUUCGAACAGCGACAAGCCUGUUAAUCCGACAGAUGAACACUGCCUCAAGUACAAAUUGUUUGAAAUCCAGGGUUUGCGUCUUUGUUGCGUCAUUUUAUAAACACGUUGAUCGGAAAUGGGACCGCUCUGUCAAACUGUCGGCGGGCCGGGACGCCGCUGUCAGUCCAUUUGUCUCGCUAGUCUUCCUGCUGGUCCAGAGAGGUUCCAUUUGAGUGUUAUGAAGUUAGAUUUAGUACAUUUUUUAUUUCUUUAUCAUGCAGCUCUCAACUUCCUGUCGAUGCACAAACAUGAAGAAACGGUCAGAAAAACAAAGGCUUUAUCAGGAGGACGGGAAGGAAUACAUAAAGACGUGAUUUUAUUUUAUGAGUCAUAUCAAGUCCAAAAUACCGAAAAGAUCCUUAAUGUUGGAGAAACAUCAUCUGCACAAAAGAUUAAAAAACAGCCAAGCGACUCUGAAUGAAAGAAACGAUGAGCAAUACAUCGGCAAAACGGUUCCAAAGUGACUUCACUCCAAAAACACGUGCAAAGGCCUCCAUCGGCUUUUGACCGCGCUGAGAGACAAAAGUGGGCACGGAAACACGACAGCCUGACUUUUCCAAAAGAUGCUUUGAAGCUGACGCCUGAAAUCUGUGCACCUUCACGUCCAUUAGGUUUGAAAGAAAAAUAGAAUUUUAGAACCUCAACCCAAAUCGAAUAAAUCAGGGGCACAGAGACUGAAAGGAUUUUUGGUUUGUUCUGCUUUCAUUUUGGCUUAAAUCUGCGAACAUGUUCAUAAUGAUGGAUUCUUGUAACUCCAAGAGUCAGUAACAUGAACUGACAAAAUAAAUAAAAGAACAGACGGUAUCAAAAAGGAUUAAUUUUAAACUACUGACAGUAAGAAGAAGGCGUAGGUUGUGAAGGUGCACAGACGACAGACACCUCGGCUGACCGAGGGAUCCCAACCUCAGAUGAACGUCUCAGCACCAAAUUUUCCUGCGUCCGUCGUUCUCUCCAUCGUCAAAUGAACAAGUAGUUUUUCAGAAUAAGAGCUCUGUCCGAUUACAGAGCCUGGAAGGAAAGAAUUUUCCUAAAUUCUGACCCCAAAGUGCUGAUCUCUGAACCAUGUGCUCAGGUUAGUGAGUCCUGGUGCAAAUAAAAUGUUUUACAUCAGAGGAAAGCAGCACAUUGACGAAGAGAUGCACGGGGAUCUGUGUGGCUACCUUAGCUAAUGAAGUCUUGGAUUCAGCCCUUUCAAAAUAAAACCGUUCAGUUUAUGCUCCUGCAUUAUUAGUCAACACAAAAGGUCAUCAACACCUUUUUUUCACUAACUUUGUUAACCUCACAGCAGCCAUAUUGUUUAAAAGGCACCAACAGCACAAAUUUGGUCCAGUCCAGACUCCAGUUGGCUGAGGUGAGGCCUAGCAGACAGCUAGUAGUACCACCAGUGUCACCAUCACCUGCCAGUCAGAGGUCCCGCAAACUGCAAACUUUAAACCUUAAUACAGUUGAAAACAGUUGAGUUAUAAAAACUUUCUUCCUCUUACAGUUGUUUGUCUCUGACUCCAGAUAUGAACCUCAAACUGUUACGUCUCCUUCUUCUCCAGUAUACAAAACUGUCAUCUGCAUAUGGAGACACUCAUUCAUCUCUUUUACUUCCUCUUAUCUUUAUUCUGUAUCAAAAGUUUCAUACAGUUGUUGUAAUGGGGGAAAUUAUCUAAAGAGACCAACAGCUUUUGUAUCAGGCUGUAAACAUGUUUAUUUUUACUGACUCACUGCUGCUGCCUCUGGUGGAUAUUAGAGCUUAACGUAACUUAACUCUUGAACUAAACUCUUCCUGGCUCUGAAUUUGAGACGAACCUUCAGUAAAGUGUAAAAACAUAAGAUUAAAUCUUUGAGGGUGACGUGAAUGAUGCCAUGUGAUGCAUAUCGAGUAGGGAAAUAAAACCAGAAGGAAACCAUAUCAGCGCUCUGUGCCACGUCCAUGCUCCGCCCCUUUAAAAUGAACAAACCUGUCCCUGCGAGCGAACCUCUUCAUCCGUUUCUAGAAAUCCUCUCCGGGAGAAACUGUGCAGUGCUUAAACAGAUCUAUUUUAAUACACGAGUCGACAUUUGAACAAAAACAUUUUUAUAUUCUUUUAUGGAGGAGCAAAACGAGAAAACAGAACAUUGGAUUUUCUAUUGUUUGCCAGUUCUGCAUUCUGACUUCUCGCUUCGGUGUAUUAUUUUAACCACGAGGAGGCGGCGACGGCGAUACGAGGGUGUUUAGAUGGAAGUGAAGUGUGUGUUGGCUGUGGAAGUAGAAGUUUUCUUUGUCAUUGAUAAGGGGACUGUCCAGUGGAUAGUGUGUAUAGGAAAGUGUUUGUCUUAAAUAUGCCAAUGUAGUUUUUCUUCUUUAUGAUGCAUUAAAAAGCGGAUUGAUGGAAGGUGGUAAAUGGUUAAA